AUCCCUUCACUUUUCCCUCGAUCAGAUCCAGAGAAAAAACCUCUCUUUUAAAUCCUCACCCGAACCUCUCCCCACCGAACCAACAGUCCCACUCCUCCCCUCAUCUCUCCUCUUGUCUGUGACUUACUCUCUCAUGGCUACUGAAGAGUCUAAUAAUCCAGCUCCCCCAGCUCCCUCUCUUCCCCAGUACCCAGAGAUGAUUAUUGCGGCGAUCGAGGCUCUAAACGACGAGAACGGCUCCAACAAGUCGGCUAUUUCCAAGUACAUAGAGUCGACGUACAGGGACCUCCCGGCGGCGCACCCCACGCUCCUCGCGCACCACCUCAACAAGAUGAAGCAGAACGGCGAGCUAGCCAUGGUCAAGAACAACUUCAUGAAGCCCGACCCUAAUGCGCCGCCGAAGAGGGGCCGUGGCCGUCCGCCGAAGCCGAAGGUGCCGCUUCCGCCGGGCACAGUGCUGCCGCCGCCAAGGCCCCGCGGCCGGCCGCCGAAGCCGAGAGAUCCCUUCGCCCCCCUGUCUCCGGUGAAGAAAAAAUCGCCGUCCGGGAGUGGAAAGCCGCGCGGGCGUCCUCCGAAGAAGCCCAAGGUCGCAGAUUCGGCAGGGCCGCCUGGGGCGGCGGGGAUUCCGACCCCCGUGGCCUCGAGGCCGAGGGGCCGACCGCCGAAGGUGAAGCCGCCGGUGGCCGCCGUGGGGUGUUGAGUUGGGUUGUGGUGGUGUGGGAGUAGGAUUAGGUGGAUUAGGUGGUGGGUUAGCUCUAAUUGUUGUUUUUUUUUUUUUUAAUUCUCUCCUCUCUAUCUUUAUUUAUCUUUUUUAAUAUUUUUUUGGGGGAUAUCUUUUGUGUUUUUUAUGUGGUGAGUGAAUGUUGUAUGGGUAAUUUAAUUUAGGAGAGGGUUUGGUGUGUGUGUUGUAAUUGCAUGUAAAUUGAUGCAGCGGCAUUUGGGGCCAUUUGCCUUUUUUA